ACAUGGAUGUGUGUUUUAUUGAUUUGUUCAUGUAGUUUAAUGUCUACUUGUUAAAAGAAUCAUAUAAACGUGUUUUAUGAAGGUUGCAGUUUAUAACUAUAUACCUAUAUGCAAAUUAAUUAAAAACUUGACUCGAAAAAAUAUAAAUGGACAUUGGUAAUAAUGAAAGUGUCAAAAACGAAGUCACAACAGAAGAAGCAACUAAAACUGAUGAAAAUGAAGAAUGUCUUAAGAAAGGUCCAAUCCCUGGAGUAAUAUACAUUAGUUUCUUACCACCAAAGAUGACACCUUUACAUGUUCGACAAAUAUUUGAAAAAUACGGUGAAGUCGGGAGGAUUUUUCUCCAACCAGAAGCUCAUAAACCUUCGAAAAAAAAGAAAGUUAAACCCAAGUAUAACAAAGGCACAUUUACUGAAGGCUGGAUAGAAAUGGGAGACAAAACGAUUGCCAAACGCUUAGCUAUGACACUAAACAACACUCUAAUAUCAGAUGGAAAAAAAGCGAAAUUUUCUGAUCAUACAUGGAAUGUGAAAUAUUUACACAGAUUUAGUUGGAGACACCUUACAGAGAGAUUGGCUCAUGAACGAGAACUUAGGAAACAGAGGAUGAGAGUAGAACAAUCUCUUGCUCGCAAGGAGACUGCUGCCUUUAUCUCCAAUGUGGAGGCAAGUAAGAAGAUGGAGAGCAUAAAAGAGAGAAAAGAGAAGAAGGGGUUGGUGUGGGAGGAGAGAAGGCACGCGAAGAAGUUUAAACAGAGAAAAACUGUGGAAGAAAUGCGGAAGGAAAAGUUGAAAAAACUAUCUGGGAACACUGGAAGCAAAAUUACGAACACUGCAGAUCCACGAAAAACUGUUUUAAGUCAAAUUUUUGGUUCUUAACAGAAUAAAACACAAGAUUUUUUGUUAAAAUAAAAUCACUUAAUGUUUGUUUAUGGGCAUAUUUGAGAUUUCGUAACUCUUAAACUAUGUUUGCUAUUAGAAGGAUAUUUUGUGUGAAAUGUUCCCCAUAUCUGAUGAAUAAAACUAGGUAUUAACA